ACCCGUUGAUGACACUGCGGAAGUGUCAUGGCUGCGUGUGUUAUCAUGCAGUAUCAGAAACAGCACUAGCACAAACCCAUUUGUUAUGACUGUUCUUUCAAGUUUUGGAGUUAUUCUCUAAUUAGGACAUCCGACUACUUUUAACAUGGCUGAUUCAGGCUCAAGUGAUCCCAAUGGUCAACGUGUGCCAACCCCUGGCGGGAGUGGCAGGGGUCUUCUGAUGGGUCGCCGACCAUCUGCCGCCAUUUCUCCCGGCCGUCUCCCCUCGAUGCGUUCUAGAGACCUCACCCUCGGGGGAGUGAAGAAGAAAACGUAUGCACCCAACAUUAUUGGCCGAAAAGUAAAAGAAGAAACGAAAGUUGAAGUCGGGCAGAGGAGAGAAAGGAGGGAUGUGGAUCGAGGCCGAGGUCCCAGAGAAAGAGGCAGGGGUCGGGGUCGCCCUGAGGUCAUCCAGUCCCACUCUAUUUUUGAACAGGGACCUGCAGAAAUGAUGAUGAAAAAGAGAGGUGGCUAUGAAAGCGAGAGAGAUGCUCCAAGCAUGGGACCCUCACCCAUCAUCAAUAUCAAAAAAGAGAAGAGAGAGACUGAGGAGGAGACCAAAGAGAUUCUACGCAAGCUGGAUCGAGACAAUUUUAUAGAUGAUCCUUUCCUGAGGAGUGAGCAGAGGAGCUGCCCUGUCCAGCUUCCCCUCGCUGUAUCAGGAUGGGGAUUCAAGGAGGAAUUUAGUGCUGCUGCUGCUGUAAAAAUUGAGAAGGUAGAGGAGGAUGGUGAACCCAUGGAACCUGCAGUAGAAGUGAAACAGGAGCCGGAGGAAACUGAAAUAAAGAAGGUGGAGGCUAUUUUCAAGCCUCCUCCGCUCCCCGAGCCUGAAGUUCUGCCUGACCUGCUGCACAGGUGGAGUCUAAGCAAAGGUGAGGAGCUGUUCUUCAUGCAGCUGCCUGACUCGCUGCCGGGCCAGCCGCCCACCGUAGACCACAGGCCGGUGAAAACAGAGGUGCAGUCAGAGGACGGGCAGUCGGUGCUUCUGAAGACAGAGUCUCAGGAAGAGACAGCUGAAGAAAAUAAUUGCAAUCUGAAAGAUCUGCGGGAGGGUCUUGUAGGAAAGAUGCUGGUGCGGAAGUCUGGCCGGGUACAGCUCAUACUGGGACAAGUGACACUCGAUGUGUCUCUAGGAGCAUCGUGCUCUUUCCUUCAAGAACUGGUCUCUAUUGGUACGGAGGGACGAACAGGUGACUUGACUGUAUUAGGGAAUGUCAAACACAAAAUGGUUUGCUCACCAGACUUCGAGGCUUUACUGGAGAGCAGCGCUUGAUGCUCUCCUUGGUGCGUUGUGGUGUUGAUAAAGGUGUUCACUGUUACUAUGGACUGUAUCGCUGAAACUUGAUAUCCAAUACAAUACCAAUGGCAGCAGAUUGUUCCUCUGUGCAGUAUUAAAGAUGAAAGUGGCUCUAAUAACAUACUGAAAUACACUUUAUAUAAAUCUGAAACAAGACUGUUCAUAUUUUUCUUGUGGAAUAGGCAUAUUAAUUCAGGGUUCAAAUGUUGAAUGGUGUGCCAAAUUUCAGUACCUUUUUUCUUUUCUCUGUAUCUGAAAUGACUUGACAAGACUGUACAUGGAUGUAAAUGUGUGAAUAAAUAAAGUUUUUGUUAUGACAGUA